AUGGGACGCUCAAGCAGAAACCGAGCGAAGAAGAUCGCCGAAGGCACCAUCGCGGACCGCCGACGCAGCCAAUCUCGCAAUGCGGCGAACGACCCCUUCGGCCCCGGUCCCGCCCGGCCCAAGCGCACCCUCUCCUUCGCCGAGCUUUCCGAUUUCAGUUACGAAUUCCCUGGCUCUUCUUCGACCUCAACCCGUGCGGUCAUCUGGCCCCAAGAGCAACUCGAAGCCCUUAUGAAGACCCUGGGCGUCAGCCGCACGUACGAUAUGAAGCCGCGCCUCCGACACCUCCUCAUCUCCUCCUUCGAGCAUGCGCAUGAGCAGCGCCGCCACUACGAUGCCAAGGAAGAGACAGUCGACAUGCAGGAUGCCUUCUUCGCCCGCGUCGUUUCCGGCGUCGCCGCCGAUGCCGCCAAGUCCAUCGACCUCCGAGACAUCGAGGCUGGCACCCUCCGGUCCCUCGUGGAGCUCUACGUCGCCACCCGCAAGGAGUUCCGCAUGAGACAGGAACCGCAGGAGAAGCUGGUACACCGAAAGGCCAAGGCCGAGAAGGCCGACGACGAUGACGAGGACAUGGGAGGAACAGGCUCCAAGGAGCCGGUGGUUGAGGAGGGCUAUCCGGACGACGAGGACGACCUGUUCUUGUACCAGACCACGGAGUACAUGUACGACCCCGCCAGAGAGGACAACAAGAACAACCGUCUCGUGAAGCUCGUGGAUCGAUGGAUUCAGUGGCUGGAGGUAGAGAAGGGCCAGGCCGUCGACCCGGGCGUCUUCGAGGCCCUUGCGGCUUUCUAG